CUAGGAAGCAGACAGUUCUCAUUACCCAAGCAAAAAUAAGGAUAAGAACGAAAUUGGUUUAGAAAUAUUUACUACAGAAAGCAGUUAGUUAAUUUUCUUGGUUCUAUAUAAACCACUGACUUGUUGGUUGAUCACUUCCCAUCUAAACACCAUUUUAUUAUAUAAAGUCUCUGCUUCGAGUUCUGUGGCCUUUCUUGGAGUGUUUCUUGAUCUGGGUUUGCUCGAUCAGCUUCGUUUUGUUCAUUGAAGAAGAAGACUGAAGAUCGAAAUGGGUGGUACUCUGCAUUUCGUCUUUGGAAUUUUCGGAAAUGCUACUGCUCUGUUCCUCUUCUUGGCACCAACAAUCACAUUCAAGAGGAUCAUCUUGAAAAAAUCCACAGAGCAAUUCUCAGGAGUUCCAUACGUCAUGACCUUGCUCAACUGCUUGCUUUCUGCUUGGUAUGGACUGCCUUUUGUGUCACCAAACAACAUCCUAGUUUCAACCAUCAAUGGCACUGGGGCAGCCAUUGAGUCCAUCUAUGUGUUGAUUUUUCUGAUAUUUGCGCCGAGGAAGGAGAAGGGUAAGAUCCUCGGGCUCCUCACCUUCGUGCUAGCCGUGUUCUCGGCAGUCGCCUUCGUGUCCCUGUUUGCCCUCCAAGGCAAGAACAGAAAGCUAUUCUGUGGUCUUGCUGCCACCAUCUUCUCCAUUAUAAUGUAUGCUUCCCCUCUAUCCAUCAUGAGGAUGGUGAUUAAAACCAAGAGUGUGGAGUUCAUGCCGUUCUUCUUGUCACUGUUCGUGUUCUUAUGCGGCACUUCCUGGUUCAUCUUUGGUCUGCUCGGAAAGGACCCUUUUGUUGCUGUGCCUAAUGGUUUUGGAAGUGGGCUAGGGGUGGUACAGCUGAUACUAUACGCCAUUUACAGGGACAACAAGGGUGAAGCUAAGAAAACCAUCCCUACUGAUGGAUCUGUGGAGAUGGAGAAGCAAUUGGACACGGGUGGAACACGGGUCGGACACGUGUAGCCUACACGUGUGUGUGUGUGAGGUCAUUAAUGUAACCAUAUUGUGGUUGAUAGAUAGAUGUUCAUCUCUCUCACUUUGUUUUUGUUUUCUUGAGUAGUCGUUGUUUAAAUUUGUCUCUCCUAAUAUGUUGUCACUUAGUAACCCACUGAUGACAAUGCCAAACUGGUUCGUGUUGCUAUAGUAACAAACAAAAGUAGGAUCGUCUCUGGAUCAAUUUGAGUUCAUGUCUUUUGGAUGGUUGUGAUUC